UGUCUUCUGUUCUUCGCUGGUUUCUCCUUUGAGCUCAGUGCAUCUCCCAAACAACGAAAUGGCCAUUAUACCAAACCAGUGCUUCAGGCACCUAUGUACAACUCUGCCUCGACUUCGGAAGCUUCCUUCAUCAUCGUGCUUCUCCUCUAUCUCAUGCUCUCUGGCCGAAGAAGACUUGGAACAGACCCACCCCAACUCAACCAUAGCCAGCAAGCCCAGUUCCUACUUCCCGAAGCGAGGCCAGACAUUGGAAUUGGUUUGUGAAUCUUUGGCUUUCAAAGGUAAGGGGCUGUGCAAGGUCGCUGACACUGGGUUCGUUGUCAUGUGCGACCGCGCACUUCCUGGGGAACGAUUCAUUGGUCGAGUCACUCGCAAGAAGGGAAAUUAUGCCGAGGUGACUAAGCUAAAGACGAUAACUCCUCCUCGGGAUAUUGUAGAUGCUCCUUGUGAAUAUGCACCCUACUGUGGUGGAUGUAAAACUCAAAACUUAUCUUAUGAGGCUCAGCUGAGAGCUAAGGAGGAGCAAGUUCGUGACUUGGUGGUCCAUGUGGGGAAGUUUACUCACAAGGAACUAGAGUUGCACAACAUUAUGAAGCCCAUUGUUCCCUGUGAUAUUCAGUUUCAUUACAGAAAUAAGAUGGAAUUUUCAUUUGGUCCCCAUAAAUGGUUACCUAGAGAAUUAUUGCUUGAAAAUAAUAAUGUUCGUGGAAGUCAUGCUCUAGGAUUGCAUGCUCCUGGUUAUUUUGAUAAAGUUCUAAAUGUUGACAAGUGCUUACUGCAAACUGAACCUGCUAAUAAGGUUCUUGCAGUGAUACAAGAUUGUUGGAGAGACCCACAGCUUUGUCUUUCACCCUAUGAUGCUCGCUCACACUCUGGAUUUCUUAAGCAUUUGAUGCUAAGAACAGGAAGACAUGUCAGCACCGGCCUUCCCGAAGUUAUGGUCAAUUUUGUGACCUCUUCUUACAAGCCAGAGCUGCUGAAGCCUCUAGUUGAUAAAGUUUCUGCAUUUCCUGAAGUGGUAAGCAUCAUAAACAAUGUAAAUACUUCUGUUGGAAAUACAUCUGUUGGGGAGGAAGAACACACUUUGUAUGGGAAAUCUAACAUUACAGAGAUUCUAAGAGGGCUUACGUUUCAAAUAUCAGCAAACUCUUUCUUCCAAACAAAUACACAUCAGGCAGAGGUAUUAUAUAAACUUAUAGGAGAAUUUGCUGGCAUUAAAGGAGAUGGCUCAGAAAUUGUCCUUGACCUGUUUUGUGGGACAGGUACUAUAGGCCUGACGCUUGCAAGAAGUGUCAGACAUGUUUAUGGCUAUGAAGUUGUGCCACAAGCCAUUGCAGAUGCCCGUCUUAAUGCCAAGAUAAAUGGCAUUGAAAAUGCCACAUUUGUCCAAGGAGAUCUUAAUAAAAUUGAUGAAAAUUUUGGGAAAAAUUUUCCUAAGCCGAAUAUUGUAAUUUCAGACCCAAACCGUCCAGGCAUGCACAUGAAGUUGAUUAAAUUCCUUCUAAAACUUAAGGCACCACGCAUAGUGUAUGUGUCAUGCAAUCCCGCUACAUGUGCACGUGACCUCGAUUAUCUUUGCCAUGGCGUGGCAGAGCAGAAUAUAAAAGGAUGUUACAAAAUAACAAGUCUACAGCCGGUAGAUAUGUUUCCACACACUCCUCAUAUUGAGUGUGUUUGUCUACUGGAGCUUUGUUGAUCUUUACUCCCGAAACCAUUCAAGGAUAGGAUUUCCUACAUUUACAUACUUACAUCCUUGGCCAUAAGAAACCACAUCCAGAUCACUAGAACUUGCUUACUAAUAUUGUGCAGCAUGGCAGAAGUUGGCUUUCUCUUCCUUCCUUGUUCAUCCUACCUUUGAACUCCUUCAAGUUUCUAAAGCGUCCUUCAGGAGAAAAUUAGCUUGAUAAAAGAUGUUAGUCAUGAUAAAUCUUCAAGAUGAUAUAGCUGGGCUACAAAAUUCUUGUCUUGCAAGGUGCGACUAAAAUAUAUGUUGUGCUCCCUGAACUGUUGCUUUAGUCUACAAAAUAUAUAGGAGGUAUGGUAGCCAAUCGUGAGUGAUUACUACAUUUUUCAAAAAAAUUUAUGUUUAUGCAGGACUUCAAAGGAUUGGACUAGUCGAUAGGAGGAAGUCCAUUCCCUAACAUUAGAGGUUUGGGCAGGAUGUUCAACAUGAUUCGUUUGUAAAUUUUUUUAUAGGAAGCUUACAAAUUACUUUGAAGAGCUAUGCAGCUUGUCAUGCUGGGUAUCAAAAUGAGAAGUAAAAGGCUUCUGAAGGUGCGAAGAUGAUAUAUGAGUUGGAGAAUUAGAAAUUUCUUUUUGGCCUUCGCUUCAAAAGGAGUGGCUGUGCUCUCCUUGUUGGAGUUGUUUAGGAUAUGCUGGAAGGGUUCUAGCAAAGGGAAUGGUUGUAUUUUCUCUAGUGUAAACAUAUCGAAUUUUUAAGAUUAUUUUGAUUGGUCUUUCUGGUCGAGGAUCUUUUCUUGGCAGUCCACUGAAUCUCAUUGAGGAGUUUAAGCAUUCU